GCCAUGCGUAUCUAAUAAUACAACUCAUCGUGUGAGUGCCGGUGGAAGACGGUUCAUAUUACUGAUGCCUGUUUGUCGAUGUUAGUUGUGGAUCAGUCGCUAACUCAAAGGAAGAAAUCCGGAGAUAUUAUGAUGUCCAUCACCAAAUAUAAAGUGGCAUACUCGAAAAAACUUGGAAGAUAUCUUGUAGCAGCUAAAAAUAUAGCGCCCGGAGAAGUAAUAAUUCGAGAAGAACCAAUCGCAGUCGGUCCAAUGGUGUACAAGAAGGAUUGCUUUUGCUUUGCCUGCAUGCGUUCAUUACCGAAAAUUGUCGAAGGAAAACAAUAUGCUUGUUCCAGAUGUAACUUUGCACCAUUGUGCGGCAUAACAUGUGAGAUACGAAUGAAUCAUCAUACGAAUGACGAAUGUCAAAUAUUUAGAGAUAAUCGAGAUCUAUUGGCGGGAAGUGAAAUUGAUGCAGCGGAAAUUUUGUUGGUCUUACGACUGUGGCUAGUAAAACAUAGGAAUCCACUUAUAUGGAAGAAAAUAGAUCGUAUGGAAGCUCAUUUGGAUAAAAGGCUUGGCACUCCCGUUUGGAGGAAUAGACAAGUCAAUGUUGUAAAUGUGCUCCAGAAACUCCGCAUGCCCGCCGAAAUCGAACCGGCGAGCGUGGAAUUAAUGCAGAAAUUGUGCGGCAUUUUGGAUGUAAAUGCUUUUGAAUUGCGUUCGCCUGGCGUUCUUGAUGGUAGUCUUCUUCUACGAGGUUUAUACAACGAGGCGACUCUAAUGACUCACGACUGCAGGGGCAACACCCACCUCACUGUGGACGACAAUUUUCAAUUGACCAUUUAUGCAAGCAUAGCGAUUAAACAAGACGAUCCUGUCCUCUUUAAUUACACCUCAUCGUUGCUGGGUACAGCUGACAGAAGAGAGCAUCUUCGAGAGGGAAAAUAUUUCGAAUGCGAAUGUUCUCUAUGUAAAGAUCCGUACGAAUUGCAGUCGCAUUUAAGCAGCGUACUAUGUCCGCAUUGCAAAAAAGGAUUCGUAGGUAUGCAAGAUACUUCCAUCAUCGAUCCCUAUGAACGAAAGAAUCGAUGGCAAUGUCAGAUGUGCAAGAGGACCUACAGCGGCCGUCUUAUCAGAGCUACAUUGAAUAUAUGCAGAACACUCAUCGACGAAUGCGGUGAUGAUGACAUAGAGAAGAUAGACAGUUUGCUCAGGAGAUUAUCUCGCUCGCUGCAUACCAAUCAUUUCCUAAUGUUAUCUUUAAAGCAGAAAUUGUUGACGGUUUGCAGAAAAGAAAUAACAUCUCUCAAUCCUCAGAAAGAGAUUAUACAAAAGAUGUUAGAUACAUGUACGGAAAUCUAUAAUGUUUUAGAUAUAACAGAGCCAGGCAUAUCACAUUUAAAAGGUAUAAUGUUGUACGAGAUGCAUCUGCCUCUAAUAAUAUUGGCAAAUCAGUCUUAUUCCACGUGUGAGAUCUCUUCAGCGCAAUUGGCUCGCCAAUUAGAAGGAGCAAGGGAUCUUCUAAAGAAAGCUUUGACUAUGCUUCUUUUGGAACCGGCGACCACUCCAGAAGGAAAAUUAGCUAAAAGAGGAUUGGAAGAAUUACGAACGCUAAAUCAAAAUAUAAGCGAUGUUAAAUCCUUACCAUCAAAAGAGUCCAAAGUUUAUCUUCACAAAGCGAGAGAAAAUCGUAAAAAAGUUAAAUAACAUCCUAUUCCUAUUAUUUCUUUGAACUUGUGUAAAUGU